AAGCCUAAAUGACCUAGUUGGUUAAGGCGUCUGCAUAGACAGCAGAAAUUCCCGGUUGGAAUUUUUUCACACUCACAGAUUCCUCUUCUUUAACGUUUAAAAAAAUGUAUUUAUACCGCAACGAUUUUGAGUUUAGUUGUUUUCGUGUGUAUAUUUUUUAAUGAAAAUAUGUGAUUCGAAUGAAACGCGGAUUAUGUGUGUACAGUAGAUACGGCCACUUUGUUUACAAAGUUCUCUCUCAAACCAUAUGGACGUUAAGUCUGAGUAUAUAGUGAAUCCAUUUAAAACGCUGUUUGUGAUUUUCGAUUUAAUUUAGAAGCCCGUAUGCAGACACACAACACUUUGUCGUCGUAGAGCGCAAGUACUCUAUCGUGCAGCUAAUGUUCAUUGAGUGUAGGCCUAAUUGCCUACUCGAUAGCGUUCCUGACAACCGUGUGGUUAAGCAGUUUGUGCAUAACAGAUUACCUGCUGACGGUUUACAAGAUGUACUAAUCGAAAACAUGAGCUCCGCUCACCUGCAAUAUUGUCCAAUGUUCUGCGCUUGUCGACAGAUCUGGUGAUAUUUCAACAGGGAACAAUAUUCGACUGGCCUUGUGUCAUGGACUAGACAGAAUUGCUCUCGUCUCUUAUGAUCUGUUUCUUUAUCUCUGUUGAUAGUUGAACUGCUAUUAUUAAGUUUAUGUUAUAUUUAAGGUGAAAUAUUACUACGUUAAUGUUAUUAAGCUCGUUAGAGGACGCAAUUUAGCAGCGAAGACGCAACAGAAGCUGAAAAGUAUCAUAUGUUGGCUAUACGAAAUGGACGUUCGGUUGUUGCAAGCAAUUUAGUGCAUAAGAAAACACAUUCUUCGGUUGUUGGUGCCGUUGGAAACACCAUGAGCAAUAGUUAACAUAAUGGCAAUAAUUUUUUACGUGUUUUUAAUAUCGUGUGGAUUGUGGUCGCACGUCCAGUCAGAUAUUAUUAGUUCUCAAUGUCAUAAAGGAUUUUAUAAGUUACCUAAGUGUCACAAUACACCAGAGAUGUACUUCUGUAAAUGUGGGCCAGGUUUUGUAUGGAAUGGUGAGGUCUGCGCCGCAUUGUCGGCGAAUUCCCGCCUUGAAUUUGACGGGAAGGACAAUCGUACUUUUACUGUUCUUCUCGGCAAGGCUUUUUCCGCCUUACAAGCUUUUACUAUCACUAUGUGGCUAAAAGUUGAGGACUACGGUAAUAGUACUGUAUUAUCUUACAACGGUACAAAUGGAGCAGGUCAUGACAUCACCGUGGGAGUUGGUAGAUAUGGAAAUUUAAGGGUCGGAAGCAACUCUGUAGAUUUUCCACUUGAUCUUGUACCAAAGAAGUGGGGAUAUUUAUCGAUUACUUAUAAUAUUAGUGGAGAAUGGAAGGUUUACCAAGAUUCAAUAUUAAAAGGUCAUGGAAGAAAUAUGAGUCGAUCAAGCUUGAUCCAAGGGAAUGGCGAUUGGAUUCUUGGCCAAUCAAAAUAUUUCACAUCUAAUCAGUCAUUUGCUGGUAGCCUUAGUCACGUGAACAUCUGGAAUGAGACAUUAACUAAAAGUGAAAUUGUACAGAUUCACAACAACUGUUAUUUUAAAUAUUGUGGAAAUCUUGUUGAGUGGGUGGAUUUCAGAGGUGGGACACGAGGGCAUAUGAAACUACGCUGGCCCUCAGGUAUCCCAACUCCAGCAUCGUGUGAACGGGAUGUUGCUGAAAUGUGCGAUGGAUACUGCAGUGACAACAAUGGGACUAAAUGUGUGCGUGAUGUUUCGCAUAAUGUAUUAUGGGAGAGGGCACGUGCUGGAAAGCAGGUGACUUAUACAUGUCCAGGAUUGGAACAUUCAAAACCUCCUCGUCAAGCUUAUCGAAAUUGCACAUCGAUUGAUAAAUUAGGACACUGGUCUCAACCUGACAUGUCAGCUUGCGUUUCAAGUAAACAUAAGGAGCUGAUGCGAUUAGUGGAAGAAGGCUAUGAAUCAGUAUACAAUUUGACCGAACGUCUUUUGGAGAUUACGAUAAGCUCUCCUGAACGAAACCGAAACCCUACCGAUCUUACUCUGGAAGUUUCUACACUGUCCAAACUUAUAAACCUCACCAAACAAAACUUUCUACCAAUGUACCUAGGUGAUGACAUUGUAGAUGUUGCAGACUACGAAAUUUCUUAUGACGAGGUUAAUGAUUUUGCCAAUACUGCUGUCAAAAUCGUGAGUCAGAUUAUUGACUCUUCUCGACGUGAAGCAUGGGACGCCACCAAACCACGUGGCACGUUGGCCUUACAGGUUCUUCAUGUGAUGGAUAGUUUACAGGAGUUGUGGGCAGCUAAUUUACUGGCUAACUUUGCUACCAACAAUGAAACGAACGGUGAAGCAGAAAUCAUUAGAAUUAUAGAAAAAAAUCUUGCUCUUCAUAUUUCUGUGGAAAAUAUGCAAAAAUUUAAAGGCAUACAGUUCCCAAAGACAGAUAAAAAAGGGUGCGCUUCCUUUCCAUCUAACUUUUUCACCAAUUGGACUAAUAAUGCUGGAUCAGAAAUUUUAGUGUUGUCAAUUACGAGAUAUAACAAUCCGUUUGCGAUGUUAUUACCUAACAACCCAGAUCCAAUUAUAGUUAAACAUUAUCGAGAUAUGGUUUACGAGCAUGCGCACAAAGAGGACAAUAUAAACACUGUAAUACUUUCUCAACGAUUCUACAAUGAGGCAGGGAGGAUGGAAGUAUUUAACAUGUCUGUACCUAUUGGACUAAGCAUGGAGUAUGUUGAGGACUUUAACGUCUCAAACCCAGCAUGUGUUUCAUUGGACGAUAGUAAUGGUGUUGAUGAUUGGAAAUGGGUUGUCCAGGCUGAAUGUGAUGUGACAGCCACCAACGUUGGCGCCAAAUGUAAAUGUACGAAGCCAGGAAUAUACGCCAUCACGACAGAUAUGUAUGAUGUUAACUGGCGUCCUGAAGGUGAGCCACGUUUUACAAUUACCGCUGCCGCCUAUAUAGGAAUAUUGGUCAACCUAAUUUUGUCUGGAGCUUCACUGGUGCUAUAUAUCAAACUUAGGUGCAAUACAGAUACGGUAGCAGUUCACAGGAAUCUAGCAGUAUCUAUGUUUUCUUUGCAUUUUUUAUUCUUGAUCGGAGUUAACCGAAAAGAGGUUGAGAUAGUGUGCCAGCUAUUAACAAUCGCGAUCCAUUACUUCUUCUCCGCUACGUUUUGUUGGAUAUGUAACGAGGCUUUCAAUCUUUAUGUAGAAGUAAUAAAUUCGAUACACGCCGAUACACAGCAACAGCGCCCUAUGCUUAGAUACUAUAUAAUAGGAUGGGGUUUUCCAGCAGUUCUUGUCGGUGCUCUUCUUGGUUCUAACUGGAAUAACAACUAUUUUAGUGAAGAAGUAUGUUUUGUAAACAAUCAACAUGUAUGGCUACUUAUAGGCCCGGCCUGUGGAGUAUGGGCGAUUACAACGGUUGUACUUAUAUAUACUGGUCGAGAUAUCAUGGAGAGUGCGUAUUCCAAAGAUAGAGAGGAGAACAAAAAUGUCUGGAACCAUUGCAAAGGCUGCUGGGUGCAAAUCACGUUAAUGGUAAUUGCAUGGGGUUUUGGAUUAUGUUCUCUUAAGAUAUAUGGACUCGUUGUACAAAUACUGUUCGCUAUGUUUGAUAUUUUACAGGGUGCAUUUUUCUUUAUGUUCUUCUGUAUGCUGAACGAUGAAGUUUCCCGUGCAUUGAAAGAUCAUCGUCUGUCUUUUACUAAAGUUAAUGUCAAGUCUCCAAAAUUGGCGCGCUCGUCAAAAUACAGUAUAUACCGGCGCUAUGUUCCACCUGGUGUGGGUAGCAGUUCAGAGCCAGAUCCUUCGGAGUCGUACUCAAGUAAAAGUGAUGAGUUCAGAGGAAGACGACCGAUUCGUCGGCAAAAAUUCCGACCUAUAGACUCUUCCCCGGAGAAGGGGCCUAGUAGUGAUGAUCCGAGUUCCCCAAUCAAACAUGUGAUGCUGAAUAUGCCCGAUAGUCCUUAUAGCGAAAAUUCUCAACUUAUAAAAUCAGAUGAACCUAAUACUCAGAUUGAGAUACCAAAGAAAAGGAGAGGACUACGCAUAAAAUUUGAAUCGCUUGUAGAAAGUAAUGCAGAUUACAAAGAUGAGGUCAAACCAAAAAUACGCGACACGCCUAUAGGUCAAGAAGCACCAAAGAUUGAGAUAAGCGAUGGUUUAGAACAACAAACUGAAAUAGUAACGACCGUCUGAUAAAAAUUGCGUGUGCAACGCGUGGCGACGAAUUUAUAGUCGGAGAAAACAAAGCCCACUCGACGGUACUCGAAGCCCACUCGACGGUACGACUCAACAUUGUACUCUGUUGACGCACUAUGUGAAUACAACGUCGGUAUGCUGGACAUUUUCUGACGAAUUAUUAUACCUGGAGUAAAUUCUCUGAGCGCUAAUUUCCAGUCCAUAAAUUGCGAACACUAUUAAAAUUGUUAAAUAAUUUUGGUAAUUAAAUUAGAUCUCUUUCUAAAAGGCCAUAACUAUCAUGAACUACGACAAUCCAGUCAGUGCAGAUCAUCAAGAAACAGAGAGUAAUAAAAGUACGGCAAGGGGCUGUUAGCAGAUUAACCACCUUUGCUUAGUUUUGCAACGCAAAAUCGACCGGUGUCAUGUCCUGAACAGCAUAAGAAAAUUUUAAUGUCAUCUCAAAACGUUUACUGUACAUACUGAUUUUGAAAACUCAAUAUUAUACAAGUAAAACCUUAACACGGAGCCUCGUAAAAAAAAUCAAUUAUAAUGUUAAAGAAAAAAAAUAUAUGUAUUUUUCAUUUAUCAAAUUAACCUGAUAUUUUUGUAGAUUAUAUUCAAUUUUUAAUUUCAGUACUUCUUAUAAAAAUUGUAUUUCACCAAAAUCCAACGGCGACAAACAUUACCCAUAACAGGUAUGACAUAAAGUUUUACAUAAUAUAAUCAUUCCUUAAUCUAAAAGUAUAAGAGAAAAGAAACAAUGAAUUCCAAAGAACAACAAAUUACAGUUAACCCCCUACCAAAAAAUAAUAAUUAACGGAAACAAUAAAUACUAUCACAAAAAAUCAAUAGAUAUAUUUGAACAGGAAAUUGCAUUAUACAACUUAGAAAGACAAAUAAACCAAUUUUUUAAAUAGUAUUUAAAAAAAUAAAGGAUGAAUUUCUUAAUUUAAACGUUGGAACAGAAAGUCGACAAAAAUGAAAUAAAAUUUCAAUCAUAAAUUGAAUUCAUACAUUUAUAAAGAAAAAUUAAAUCACCUUAUUAUAUUGCGUCUAUCAUUAAGAGAUAAUAGGAUUAUGGCGAAAUUUUCUCAAGUAAAACCUACAAAAUUUAUUUUGAAUAAUCUAAGGGAUUGUGUAUGAGAAAUUAAAUUUAAAAAUCAAGGUUAGAACUAAGUAUUUAUAAAUAAUUCAGUUAUUGAAUGAUGGAUGUUUGUCCUUUUUUCCCCUGCAGCGAGCACUUCUUUAUGAUUUUCCUUGAUGAAUUUAUACAAAAUGAUAAUCAAUAACUUGAAAGUAUUGUUUGAGGUUUAUAGUAUAUCUAAGUUGGUAUGAAUAUCUCUCCCAAUAAAGACCUAGUCAGUAAUCCAGUUAUGAUAGAUAUCUAAUAUACAAUGUUAUACCGACUAACAUCAGUCUAAUGGCGCCAUGACCAGACUGAAGUAACAACACAGUUUAAAAAGAUCGCUGCUUGUAAUCGAAACGUUCAGGUGACUUUAAAUGAUAUUUUGGUUCAUUCAUAAAUGAAAGUUUAACAACACUACAUUAUAGGAACCAGAUGAUUUUUUUCAAUGAUAUACAAUGUUAAUAGCAGAUCACAGUCUGUGUAAAAAAAAUGUACAUUUUAGUUUAAUGAAUCCAGUUUCGACAAGUGGACACGAAACACGGGUAAAAUUUGGCAAUUGUUCCGAAAAAGUUCGAUUUCAUAUUAUUUUGAUGAAUGUUACCAAGGUUUAUCAAAGGUUAUUUUUUUAGUUCAUUAGACGUAUAUCAGUACUGUAGUUUUUAUUUUAAAUGUAGUUUUCAUUCUAAGCCGAGAGAGUAUGAAAGAAGAAUUCAUGUUGCAUUACGAGAUUUUAUGGUUAACAAAAAUUAUAUGAAAACUAUAUGUUCAUAUGACUAUAACUAUAUGUUCAUGUGUGUACUAUCUUCAUAUGUAUUCCAAUGGUGGUUUUUUUAUAUGAAAAUAUUAUGAAAUCAAUAAUACAAUGAUUCCACGUCAGGUGGGAAAACAUAUAUUUGUAAUACCGAGUUAUGGUUUACAAAAUUGUAUGAAAACUAUGUGCAUAUGCUGGACAGGGUACAUUUUGAUAGAUCCCUGCUCAGCGACGAAGGCUUAUCCCUAUACUGCGUUUUGGGUGCUGGCUUGGAUUUUCUUAUUCUAUUUUCCAAUUACAUCUGCUCACUUGUUCUGCGCUUAGAGACUCUAGUAUUUUGCGCAUCUGGAAGACUUGGUAUGGGGGAGCUCAUGGAAGUGAAGUUGGGGCUCGAUAAUCAGUUGAGGGGCACUAAUUCGCAAAAUAAGGUAAUUUUAAUUGAUUUUUUAAUUACUUGACCGUGGUUUUGGGAGGAGUGACUGGGGGAAAGAAAUAUUUGGAAGGCUUGCUGCGCCCCCCCCCCCCACUUCCUAGAUACGCCACUGAUUCGUAAUACUGAGUUCAUGUGUUUAAUAAGAAUUGUACCAAAACUAUUGACAAUAUAUAGCAUUUUCCAAUGCUGAGGUAGACCUAGCAAUUAUUUUUUUAACGGUGGUUAUUUUAAAACAAAAUCUUACCAAUUGAAUAUUUGAUAGUCUCACUAGAUCUGUACGUUAUUCUAUUCAGCAUUAUAUUCAGGUAAAAGAAUGUUAUAAGUAACGAUGCUGUGGCCCGUGAAACUGUAGAUAUGUACAAAACUAAUAAUACGCGCAUGCGUGAAUUUUCUUACAUAAAUAUUGUAUAAAACCAUUAUGUAUGUAAAUCACUCUUAUAUUUAGAAUCCACGUUCUUGAAUGAUGUCCCAAGAUCCAUCCGGUAAUAUUUUUAUACGUUUACUUUAUAUAAUAGUUAAGAACCUUGUUCCAGAAAAUGAAGUCCAAUUAUUCCAAAAACGUAUUUAUAUCCAUUGUGAAUAUCGUACUUCCUUAAUUUAAUGGUGUGUUAAAUACAUAAUUACUGUUUGUAGCAUUCCGUUAAAAAAAAAUUAAAACAAGUAUGUACCUGUA